AUGGGACGGAAAUCAAAAAAAGUACGAAAACGUUUUGUGACACGUAAACGCCAAAAACUUGAUAAAAUUUUUGAUUGUAUUCUCUGUUAUGAAGAGAAAUGCGUUGAAGUCAAAAUGCAGAUAAUUGAAGGCAGAGGUGCUGGAUAUUUAAGAUGCAACCACUGCGAAGCAAGAUUUGAAUCAGAUAUCUAUGAUUUUAGCGAUAAGAUAGAUGUCUAUUUUGAUUGGGUUGACAAGUUUGACAUUACUGGCAGCUAUCACUAUUCAGAUGACGACGAAAAUUUAAGCAUCCAGCAAAAACCGAAGUCGGUAAAUUCAAAAGGUAAAAAUCGUGCAUCUAGUGAUUCAUACACAUGCGAUGAACAUUCAUAUGAAUAUCCACGAGUUGUUUAUGAUGAUGAAAUUGGUGAAGGAUCUAAUAGUCGACGUCGUAAAUGA